AUGAAUAUAGGUGCACCACUUAAAAUUUUUCAUGAAAGUAAAGGUACAAUAGUUACUAUUGAGGUAAAAACAGGAGAGACGUACCGUGGUAGAAUGGUUGAAACAGAAGAUAAUAUGAAUUGUCAGUUAAGAGAUGUAACUAUUACUGCAAAAGAUGGAAGCCAAUCUAGGACUGAGUACAUUUUUAUUAGAGGUAAUCAAGUUCGUUUUGUUGUUCUUCCAGAAAUGUUUAAAAAUUCUCCUUGUUUAAAAUCAAGUGAAUUAAAAAAACAUGUUCAAGCAAAAAAACCAAAGAAAAAUAAUAAAAAACCUGCUCUUGUUCAAUCUUCAAAAUAA